AUGACUGCAAACGCCCAAGACCCUGACACAGGCUCAGCUUCAAAACAAGCUGACUACACCAAGAAAACUACAUACACUGGAUUUCCGGUGAGCUACGAAUCACUGCCUGCUUCAGGUUUGACUUCCGUUCAUGAAUCUCCUUCUUAUAUGAGAAGAGUAGAAUCACAGGUAUUUGAAGAUGCAACAGACUCGCCUGAACACGAUCCAGCAAACAGCCCAGCAGAUGAGUCAGGUGUGACUCCAACAACAAUCGGCUGGAUUGUGAGAAGAUGCGGCCUGAAACGUUGGGCGCCAGAGGAGAGCUCAGACUUGCCCAUUUGGGAUCCAGCUCUGCGUCCAUUGCUUCCAUCUUGUGAACCUAGUGCUACCGAAGGGUCGCGUGGAGACAAUUUGUUUGAUUUACCUCAGUCAUGGAUUGACUUCUACUGCAGGAACAGGAUUUACUUCAAUAUUGGAUAUGCGAUUUCGGUGCUUAUCAUUGUGGGUGUGCUGUACUUCACUGGGAAAGACGAGCUGUUGGCUCAGUUAGCAAGGGCUUUCUUGUGUUAUAUUGGACUUGUUCCAGAGGUUUGUCCCGGUAGAACACGUCCUAGCGUUUAG